GAGGUUGAGAGCCCCGGGACACGUCAUAAACAAGCAACAUGGCCGACCGUCGCGAGUAUUGACGAGACGCGUGCUGCUGUUUACAAACUGUCGACGGCCAAGGGCCGCGUCGAUGAGACUCUGACCUCGCCUGAUCAGUCAGUAGCCACGCGUGAAUCCGUCCUGCCAUGGCGCAAGCGAAGCUCGACGUGCCCGAGAAGUCCGGCGGCGGCGGCGGCGGCGGCAUUAAGGAGAAGGACAAGGACUCUGAGGAGAAGGAAGGUUCCACCGUCGUCCCGGAGUGCGCGGUGUGCCUGCAGCCCUGCAUUCAUCCGGCGCGACUACCCUGCAGCCACAUAUACUGCUAUCUCUGCGUGAAGGGUGUCGCCAAUCAGAGCAAACGGUGCCCGAUGUGCCGCCAAGAGAUCCCGCCGGACUUCCUCGAGCGGCCCCAGCUGGUGGAGGUGGAGGAGCCGCAGAAGGAGUCGGAGCAUCCCGAGGAGGAGUACCAGUGGUUUUACGAGGGUCGAAAUGGUUGGUGGCAGUACGAUCAGCGUACAAGUAUCGAAUUAGAAACGGCGUAUAAGCAGGGCAAAAGGACUUGCGAGUUGCUGAUCGCCGGAUUCCUUUACAUCGCCGAUUUCGGCUCGAUGCUUCAGUUGCGUAGAAAUGAUCCCUCCAGGCGAAGGAGGAUCAAAAGAGACCUAUAUAACGUUCCCAGAAAAGGAGUUGCCGGUUUACGGCUCAACGUGCAGGACGAAGAGAUCGUGAGGGAGAUCAGGGGCGCCGAGCGGCCGGCUAGCCCUGCGAGCGAUAGCAUGGGUACAGGAGACGGCACAAAUACCCCCAUACCGCCUAGCAAUACGCCGCAGACACCCGCAGGUGGGACAGCGAGCGGCGACGCUACGCCACUAAACGAUAGAAUAGAUCAGAGGUCGGAUUCCUUGCAUCAGGUCCUCGAACAGAUGCGUUCUCUAGUCUUAAGAGAGCACCUGUCCUUAAACAGCGAUAACGAGUUCGAAGAGGAUACGGAUGACGCGUCGAUUUCGGAUCAUCCCGCUCUUUCGUAGCUACAGAUAUCGAAUCCGUAUUCAACAGUGAUCGCGGUAAUCUUAUUUCGGAAUCUCCCGUUCUUUUCCAGACUCUUCGUGUUGUUAUUCAGCUCAAUAAGAUAGUAUUCUAUACAAAUACACGUCGCGUUUGCUAGAAGUGUCAUCGGUGUGUAAACUUUAGCGAUCUAGCAAACUACAAUACAUUGCUCAACUACGACAUACGGAAAUUGAUAUACGAUUAAGUAUCCUGAGUUAAGUAGCUACCUUUAUUCAGUAAGUACUUUUCUCCUAAUUUAAAAAACUGUUUAAUGUCUUGUAAUCGAAAGCAUUGUCGACUUAGUGGUCGUUGAAGCGAGGGUGUGCGAAAGGCAGAUUUAUUAAUUUACAAAAUAACUACUUGUUGAUGAAUAAUGUACUUAAAAGUCUAACUUUGAGAAUUACUGUGUCGUAUAGCAGUAAUAUAAAGCUGCUGUGACGACAAUUAGUCGUAUAAAUUAAGAUAAAUAUACUAUAUAGCUAUUCUAAAAUAUAUUAAAGUUUCUAAUAAAAAUGUGUUCAUGCCUUAGAAAGGCGCGUAAAAAGAGAAAUAUAUAACGAAAAAAAGAUAACAUUAAUUUAUUAAGAAAACCGAGUGCAAUACUCGCUAAUCGAUAAUCGCGAGUUUUCAAGAAAAUCUGUAAUCUCUUCGAUGUUUAGAAAUAUCGAAUUAUCUUCUUCUCUUGUAUUGCACAUAGAAAUAAAAGAUGCAUUUUCCUCAUCGAUGUUGUGGCUUAUUCCUCGAGUAAAACAAACUUAAAGAAAAAAAAUCUCUAAGAAUAUUCUAAUACAUAUGUGUAUGUGUGUAUAAAUGGAUUAGUAUGUGUAAGGAUACUUAAAAGUAAUUCGUGCGCAAUGAAUAUCAACGAAUUACGACAAUUGCAGAAUGUUACGAUAUUGUUAAUUAUAAUUGAAACGUCACAAUGGUGAAGGAAAAGUCGAAUCCACCGUUCGAAAUAAAGUCUGCUUUUUAUUA